AUGGGGACAAACACAAAUCGGAGAAGGGACUACUCCUGGUUUGCCCUCGGUCUGCUGAUUUUUGUGGGAAGAGAGGCUUUGGCUCAGAUACGAUACUCUGUUCCAGAGGAGGUACAAGAGGGAACUGUUGUUGGAAAUAUUGCUAAGGAUCUCGGCCUGGACAUCGCUUCCUUGACAGAUCGACGGUUCCGUGUUGUGUCGGAAAGUAAGAACGCGAUUUUUGGUGUAAACCAGAAUAACGGGGCUUUGUACGUCAGUAGUCAAAUUGACAGAGAGGAGCUCUGUGAGGGAAGCGGCGCUUGUCUGGUGGAACUGAAGAUCCUUGUAGAAAACCCUUUGGAAAUACAUUAUGUAGUGGUAGAAAUUACUGAUGUCAAUGAUCACUCUCCCAAUUUUCCUGAAAGAGAGCAGACGUUUGAAAUAGCUGAACAAACAUUGCCAGGAAAGCGAUUUCAGCUGCACACUGCUCACGAUCCCGAUGCAGGAAUUAACUCUAUACGUACAUAUACUUUAACGUCAAAUGAACAUUUUGAAGUAAAUAUCCGUCAGAGUGACGCGGGAAAGAUACCAUUUUUAGUGCUGAAGAAAGCGUUAGACAGAGAACAAAAGAACAAACACACGCUGCUGGUUACAGCAGUUGAUGGAGGUAAACCUCCGAGAUCAGGAACGCUGAAUGUAUCUAUUAUUGUACUUGAUAGCAAUGAUAAUCGUCCAAUAUUCAGUGAGGAGAUUUACCAGAUCUCAAUAAAAGAAAACAUUCCUGUCGGUACUUCAGUGUUCAGAAUGAACGCGACUGAUCUAGAUGAAGAUACUAAUGGAGAAGUUCAAUACAGUCUUGGGAAAACUCUGAGGCGAAAAGUCUAUGAUACUUUUGAACUGAACAAAUUAACAGGAGAAAUUAUAGUAAAAGGAGUGGUGGACUUUGAAGAAAGUGACUUAUAUGAAUUGGACGUUGAGGCAUCUGAUAAAGGAACGCCUCCGUUAACGGGUGAGUGUAGAGUCAUUAUAAAAGUUAUAGAUGUCAAUGACAAUGCACCAGAAAUACAAAUGACAUCACUAUCAAAUACAGUGUCUGAGGACUCAAAACCUGGAACAGUUAUUUCACUACUCAGUGUGAAAGACAAAGACUCUGGUGUCAAUGGAAAAAUAAUAUCAACCAUAACUAAUGAAGUACCUUUUGAACUGAAGCCAUCAUAUAAAGAAAACACGUAUUCAGUUGUAACCAAGGGACUUCUGGAUCGAGAACAGGUGUCACAAUAUGAAAUAACAAUAAAAGCCACAGACUGUGGUGAGCCUCCUUUAUCUACUUUUAAAACACUCAGUAUUCAGAUAUCAGAUGUGAAUGACAACAGAGGAGGGCAUCUGAAGAGGUAA